AUUGGUUUGGACUGGUCGUGGUGGAUGUGUUGCCGGUCGUUGGCAUCGUGGCGGGGGCGAGACUCCCACGUCCCCAUGGGAAGGUCGAGCCGUUGGCGGCGCCCUCGCACGCGACUCGAUGAAGGCUGCCGCCAUGAAUCGAUUGUAUUGAUGGUGCUGCGUCUCGGGGGGGGGGCACCUCGGUGGGGCUGCCGUGAUGCUCACAUGCCCGUCUGUGUCGAGCAAAGACCAGUCGUCCGCGGCUCAUUCUGCCUCGAGCCCCUACAUCCUUGGCGCAGGCUCGUCAAAAUCAGGCGGGUGACUCGACGACGCACGGCGAUUUUCUCAGAGGUGACACAUCCCACGAACAACGACCUGGCGGCACUGGACCACCGGCUAGCCACCAUGCACCCGGCGCCACCGACCCGACACAAUUCAAAUUCAAGCAUGGUGGUCAAAGCCGGCAUCCUCUACAAGUACAACUCGCCGCUGCUGUGGUGGCGGCCGCGAUGGACAGCACAUGUGUACACGUUGUCCCAGCACGACCUCCAGGCGUGCGACAUCGUCACUGGCAAGGUCGUGGCCGUCGUGCCACUGGCAAACUGCCGGCUCACGCACUGGUGCACCGAACGACACCGAGACAUCGAGUGGUUCGACCUGGGGCGGCCGCGCCGUCAUCUCGACGACGGGUUGGUGUGGCGCCUCCGUUUACAGAACACCAAGAAGCCAUGGGCCACCGUCCACCUGGCCGUCGCGACCGAGCGCGACGCCAUCGAGUGGAUGGAGGCCCUCCAGGCCAUCCCCACCGUGACCACCCUUGAAAACGACUCAGCGUCGACGACGGCAUCGGCGGCAGCUUCGUCGACAACCCACAGAGCCACGAUCUCGGGCACGAGAAGCUCUACCGUCUUGCUCAAGAGCGCCAUCAACCACAGCCUGCAGCAGUACGAUCAAGAGCCAGACCGAUGGCCACCGACUAGGAUUCGAACGUCCAAGAAGUGUUAAAUGUGACCAUACCGACUUGCCGAGGUCGCCACGUGCCCUCCGUUCGCUCGGUGCGUGUGGUGUG